GGAAGCCGUGCUGUGUUUUCGCCCAUCUUCAGCCACCCUGCAGGCCCGUGUUCCUGACUGCUGCCCUCGGGUGCAAAGCGGCACGGUCCCCGUUCGUGGGGGACGGCGCGGGCAGUAGAGCACAAUGUUCCUGGUCGGACUCUCGGGUGGAAUCGCGUCGGGGAAGAGCACGGCGGUGGCCGUACUCCGGGAACUGGGCUGUGCUGUGAUUGAUGCUGAUGUUAUUGCCAGAGAGGUGGUGCAGCCACACUUCAAGGCCUAUCGGCAGAUAGUGCAUUACUUUGGCACCGAGAUCCUCUUCGAGAAUGGAGAGAUAAAUCGUGAGGCUCUAGGAAACAUUAUCUUCUCCCACCCGGAGAAACGGCAGCUGCUGAACUCCAUCACCCACCCGGAGAUCCAGAAGGAGAUGCUGAAGCAGAUCUUGAAGUACUUUCUGCUAGGCUACCGCUACGUGAUCCUCGACAUCCCUCUGCUCUUCGAGACCAACAGAUUGACCAAGUUUAUGAAAUACACGGUCUUGGUUUAUUGUGACCCGCCGACGCAGCUCUCCCGGCUGAUGAAGAGGAACGGGCUGGCAGAAGCUCGCAUCGCCUCCCAGCUGCCGCUGGAUGAGAAGCGCAAAUUAGCGAGUCACGUCAUUGACAACUCGGGGGACCGGGAGAGCAUGCGCCAGCAGGUCCUGAGGCUGCACGCCCGCCUGGAGGAUUCCCUGGAUUUCCUCUGGGCACGGCUGGCAGUGGGCACAGUUGUAGCCGGGCUUGGAGGGCUGGUGUACCUCCUCCUCCGGCAUUUCAUCUCUUAAUUCACCUUUCCUUUUUGUCAUGGAAGAGGCCUGAAUUUCCAGGUUUGAAAAGGGCAGUGAAAGGCCACCUCUUUUAAUGAGCUUUGCCAGCAGAAUGCAGACAGUGGGAUGAGGCGUCUCCUUGCAGACUUCCCAAGGUGAACGGAGGGGAUUUUUUUUCCGGCACCGUCUCCCAUCUCCUUUCUUCCUGCUCAGGUUCUUACCCACCAGCUGUGUCUGUGGGGUGGGACCGCUCCCCUUUCGUGGCUGCAGCCUCUGGAGGGGAUGAGGCUCUCGUUAUCCCCCCAUGGGUCUGUACGGUGGGACUUCAGUGAAUUUAGGCACUUUAACGUCUUCCAGAACAAUCUCUUCGCUGGGGGAGUAGGUGGCCUCUCAGGUCCUGUUUGUGCUAGGAGGUAUCCCCAGGUUGAUCCCCUCCUAGCUCGCAGCCCCAGCUAAUCUGAAUUUAGACAUGAGAUUUCCUCUUCUUUCACAUUGAUUUAAUGGAAAUGUGUUACAUCUGCCGGGGGGGGGACAGACAGGGCCUCAUUUCACAUGGCUUAGGUGUUCAGCUGGCUGCUCGCCCUCCCUCCUGUCCUCUAUUUCUGCCGUCAUCGCUUGUGGGUCACCCUUGGCUUUGGAUCUGAGGGUAUGAUACGUCCCCGGAGCAGGCUGAGACCUGGGACCCACCUCACUGAAACUCAUUUGCUGCUGUUUGAGUUUUCCUUCGGCGGCAGUUUCCCCGCGGGAGAGCACGAGUCUGGGCGAAACAGGUGCUGGCUCUUCACGUUCGUUUUAAUAAAGUGCUAAACAGCAGCCGGCUCCCCACGGCUCUGC